UUGGGAGUUAUGAAGGCUCGUUCCGCAGAGUCAAAAAUUAUACAAUGUUGGUAUGAUGGAGAUAGAGAGAGGAGAGAGAGAGACUAGGAAGCAGAAAGGAAGAGAGGGAGAUGGACCGUGGCCAAUGAUCAGCAAGCAGAAUAGCUAAAGUAGAGAGAUAGAAGAGAUUUCAUAAAGGCUACUCAUCACAGGCCGAAAAUGCGACCAUGUCACCGAGGACGAUCGGAGAAACAAAGCCGGAUAUGAAGCAAGAGGUGAUGAAGAGCCGCCAGGUGGUUUAGACCAUCUAUUCAUUUUAUUCAUUAGUCCGGGUCAUUUGAUGGAAGCGCCGGCGGGGAGAACGGGUUAUCGGGAAGCUUUAGAUCAUAGCCUGAAACACAUUUUGUCCUCAAUAUGAAGUCGAAGUCCAAAAUCCGCCAAUAGCGGGAGCUUGGGAACAAAACCGAAUUCGUAGGUCGCAUGUUUUAAAUAAUUAUCUACAUCUCACGUUUUCCCUCCCUUGAUGUUCUCGAACGGAGGUGUGUGGAGAACAGAGCGAUUCGACCCCGCAGCCGAUGCCCGGAGAAAAAAGCAGCCUGUGUGCAGGCAGCUGUGGACGACAGGAAGGUGGUACCCACGAGUCGGUGUUUAUUAUCUGGGAUCUGACUCCGGAGGCGCGUCGCUGAGGUAUGGGCUGCGCUCCCAGUAUCCACGUCUCUCAGAGCGGGGUGAUCUACUGCCGAGACUCAGACGAAUCCAACUCCCCCCACCAGACCACCACCAUCUCUCAGGGCAACGCAACCACGCUCCACGGGCUCUUCAUCAAGACCGAUGCGGCCGAGACCAUCCCUUCCGUCAUCACCUACCAGAGUCGGCACUCGCGCAACAACUCGUGCCGGGAUCGCAAGGAGAACAGUGGAGGGCACAUCCGCAUCGAGGCCGAGACGCAGACCAGCCACACCAGCGUCAAGGUUUCAGCUACAGAAGAAUGUGUAGGACCCAUGAGAUUGUCUCAAGAGCCAAUUCAGGUCUUGCUCGUGUUUGCAAAGGAGGACAGCCAAAGUGAUGCCUUCUGGUGGGCCUGUGACCGCGCUGGUUUCAGGUGCAACAUUGCACGGACGCCUGAGUCUGCUGUUGAAUGUUUCCUAGACAAGCACCAUGAGAUAAUAAUCAUUGAUGGACGUCACUCACGCUAUUUUGAGCCUGAAGCUGUUUGCCGGAUGAUCCGUGCCACAAAGCCCUCUGAAAACACAGUUAUUCUAGCUGUUGUGCCACAAAAACCGUCUGACCAAGAAGAGCCAUCUGUUCUUCCUCUCCUCUGCGCUGGAUUUAGCAGAAGGUUUGUGGAGAACAACAGUGUGGCAGCAUGCUAUAAUGAGCUCAUACAGAUGGAGCAUGGAGAGGUGCGCUGCCAGUUCAAACUCAGGGCUUGUAAUUCCAUCUUCACUGCCUUGGAGCACUGCCAAGAAGCUGUGGAGAUCACCAGUGAGGACCACAUAAUACAGUACGUGAAUCCAGCAUUUGAACGGAUGAUGGGCUAUCACAAAGGGGAAUUGAUCGGGAAAGAACUGACUGAACUUCCCAAGAGUGACAAGAACAGAGCUGAUCUGCUGGACACCAUCAACAACUGUAUCAAAAAAGGAAAGGAAUGGCAGGGCAUUUAUUAUGCCAGAAAGAAAUCAGGGGACAGCAUACAACAGCAUGUGAGGAUAACACCAGUCAUCGGCCAAGGAGGGAAAAUUCGACAUUUUGUAGCCAUCAAGAGACCGCAUAUUGACAACAACAAUCAGCUCCACAAGUUCAACAAGGAGGAGAGAUACAGCGGGGAACAUUCUCACUCAGAGUGCUAUUCUCUACGACACCGAGACAGAAGAAAAGAUUCGAUGGACGACCGAUCGGUGAGCUCCCGUAGUAGUGACGCUCCCAGUUUACAAAAUCGAAGAUACUCUUCUGUGGCCAGGAUUCAUUCUAUGACCAUUGAGGCUCCAAUAACAAAGGUAAUAAACAUCAUCAAUGCAGCUCAGGAGAGCAGUCCAGUAACGGUAGCCGAAGCUCUGGACCGUGUGUUGGAGAUCCUGAGGACCACUGAGCUCUACUCCCCUCAGCUUGCCUCCAAAGAAGAUGACCCACACACAAGCGACCUGGUUGGCGGGCUUAUGAGUGAUGGGCUGCGCAGACUCUCUGGGAAUGAAUAUGUUUUCUGCAAAAACAUGAGUCAGAGCCAGCUGGCUAUCCCAGUCACUUUGAAUGAUGUUCCUCCAAACAUCGCUGAGAUGCUGAAUGAUGAGGAGUGCUGGGAGUUCAACAUCCUGGAGCUGGAGGCAGCUACACACAAAAGACCACUGACGUACCUAGGCCUGAAGAUUUUCACAAGUUUUGGAGUGUGUGAGUUCUUAAACUGCUCGGAGGCUACACUGCGCUCCUGGCUGCAGCUCAUUGAGGCCAGCUACCACUCCUCUAACUCCUACCACAAUUCCACACACGCUGCAGAUGUGCUGCACGCUACAGCCUACUUCCUACGCAAAGAGAGAGUCAAGAGCAGUCUGGACCAGCUGGAUGAGGUGGCAGCACUGAUAGCAGCAGCAGUCCACGAUGUGGACCACCCAGGCAGGACCAACUCCUUCUUGUGUAAUGCAGGUAGUGAACUGGCCAUACUCUACAAUGACACGGCCGUUCUGGAGAGCCACCACGCAGCCCUCGCCUUCCAGCUCACUGUCCGUGACAGCAAGAGCAACAUUUUCAAGAACAUCGACAGGACUCAGUUCCGAACGCUGCGACAGGCCAUCAUAGACAUGGUGCUUGCCACAGAGAUGACCAGACACUUUGAGCACGUCAGCAAAUUUGUGAACAGUAUCAACAAGCCAAUGGCUGCCAUAGAGGAGACCAGCACGAGUAGCAUGAACAGUGACUGUGAGGGCCAGGCCAACAUCAGAAACUCUCCAGAGAAUCGUCUGCUGAUAAAGAGGAUGCUGAUCAAGUGUGCAGAUGUGGCAAACCCCUGCAGACCACUCGAGCUCUGCAUCGAGUGGGCUGGACGGAUCUCUGAGGAGUACUUUGCACAGACAGAUGAGGAGAAGAGACAAGGGCUGCCAGUGGUGAUGCCCGUUUUCGACAGGAACACCUGCAGUGUCCCCAAAUCUCAGAUUUCCUUCAUAGACUACUUCAUCACUGAUAUGUUUGACGCCUGGGAUGCCUUUGCCACUCUUCCUGGCUUAAUGGAACACCUGUCAGAGAACUACAAAUACUGGAAGACCUUGGAUGAGAUGAACUGUAAGAGUCUACGUCCUCCGCCUCCUUCGUGACCGAGUCCACAUCCCCUCAUUACAUAUAUCACUCCAAGCAGGGUAGGACAGUGAAUGAAGCCCUGCGGUGGAACAGUUACUCUUUUCAGCUGGGAUUUGACAGAAGUUCCUGACCUCUCAGGGGUUCCUGGAUACGGCCUGAAAAUUUUGUAAUCGGAAGAACACAGAUAUGCCGUUUCCAUCUCAAAUCACAGCCUCUUGUAUGGUUCUAGCUGGAAGUGGUACCAGUAGAGAACAGGUGGUCACUGGAGGCUGUCUCCCUGUUGACACUUUAUGGCCCCCUAAAGUAUAUCUUGAUAGCACCUCCAUGGUACAGUGUGGACCUCAUGGGUCACCUGACAAUCUGUACCAUACAGUUUAAUACAACAGAAACCUGCACUUUAGCUAAUCACGACAUCUUACAUUUUGAACUCCCUUUUUGUUGACUUUGCUUUUGGAAGUUUUCUUUAAAGCAAAUAUUUCCUUUCUGUAUCUAUAUACUGCUAUACAAGAAAUAUGGAUAGUAAAACGUGACAAUUGCCAGAGGCACUGACUGAAAACAAGAAUCUGAAGUGAUCUGGGCAUGCAUUUUAGUACAAGUGAGUGCAAAUCUCCAUACUUCCUUUUUCACAGUUCCAGCUAGUAAAAGGUGCUUAGCUCGAAUUAAUCUUUGCAUUAGCUGUGAAACAACGUAGAGACUUGUGUCUGGGACCAAAUUCCCUUCAAUUCCUGUCCAUUUGCCCUGUUCAGACAAAAUCUAAAAGAAAGGGCACUUCCAGGAGUACUUACCUAUGUAACAGGGUGCAGUCCUCAGAUUGCCGAUUGUAGGGCUAUUUUCGUGACAAAUGCUGGAUCCUGAGAUCAUAUAGCUGCAGAAUACCUUGUAAAAUGCCACCUGAUAACCUACUGUCAUUUCUUCUACAUCACCAUCUUACGUGCACUGUGAAAGCAGCUAGUGAGGAUAAUGAAGAUCCUUGUCAAACCUGCAUGUCAGAACAAAUGGAGGGACAGAAUUGCACUGUAUCAGAGCUAUUUAGUUAUCAGAUGUUACACUCAUAGCUUUGUGACACUAACUGUAGACAUUUUCACUCCCCCCAAAAAAGAUUGACUUGCGAGUAUUUGAACAACAUAGUUACAGGCUUUCUAUUUGAGCCUAUGCUUCGCUAUUGAUCGGGGUACAGUGUGUCAGGUUUUGUAGUUGACAUGUUUUUAGUGAUGAAAUGAAGACCUGACAGAUGUAUGAAGGAGCUGCUGAGCCGUGUUUAGAUUGUAAAAGCACGGCUGCAAAGCCAGCAUCUCUCUCUCGUUUGUGUUUUUUGCUUAAGCGGUUUUACUUAGGCUUGAAUCCUGCAACCAAAAUUCACACUGAAGACAUUUGGCCCCUUUUUCGGUGGGGUGGGUGUCAUUUGAAUGAUAUGGCUUCCAUCUACAGGUGGUAGACUCUAAAUUUGUCAUGUUGUCCGUGAAUCAAAUCAAACCAACACAAAGGCCCAAUUUCAAUCUGGCACUUCCACUGUGUGGAAGAGUCUGUUAAUUAUGAAGGAGGGCAGAAAUAAAGCGGAAAAAGUCUGGGAUGCCCUCACCUUUCUCAGGCGAAAACAGGUACUUCCAAACAGCUCCUUUGGAGAUGUGCGCCGCUAUGAGAUGAAUGUAUUAAUAUGUCCAUCACAUAUUGGAAAAUACGCCGUGAUUGUUUCAGUUUGAUUCAGGCAUUUUUUAACAUGCUCCAGGUCGUUAUGGUGAUUUUACAUACUGCUCUCUGUUAUUAGAAUUUGUUGCAACAAAAAUAAGAACAAAUAAAUUCAGAUGCACUUUUAAAAACAUGUACAAAUGUAGAAAACUUCCACAAAAGUAUUUUUCAUACUGAGAUAGUCUUCAAACAGUCCUUCAUAUCUGUAAGUGUGUUUCCUCCAUGUAGCGAGUAAGUCAGCACAGGUGCACACUUGGUGUUUUGCGGACUCUAGAGCCCAUUCCCACAUAAGGCUUGUUGGCUUGGAACAGCACUUAAUGUGGCCUCCACAAAGUGCAAACAAAGUGAAAGGGUGUAGGUGGCUGGACUGGAAUUGGUUCAGUGUUAUAUUUCAUCCUACUAUGACUGAGGAUGGAAUACUACUAUAAUAAUACUAGUCACUAGACUUGGAUAUUUAAGAUCACCUCUGUUAAGCUUUAAUAUCAAAAGGUGAAGACAGCACUGGAAUCCACUACUGCCAGCAGCAGAAUCUUUAAAAGACUUUCAUAAUAAAUUAUUUUACAAAUUCAAAAACUCAAAAUGGCGAUAUCCAGAUAUCUAUAGGCUACUACUGUGGUGAACCUAUGUAAUUACCAGUUCAUGUCCCAACUGUCCAGCUCAGCUGCAUGUGCAAGUAUGUGCGUGGUAAUCCAGGAGACGCACAACAAGCAGUAUUAACCAAAGGCACAGAGAGCUCUUUAAGGUGCCUUAUUCUUUGGUCAUUUUUUCAGAACACAAGUAUUUUUGUUGUAACAUUUCCUCCUCUAUACAUAAAAACAAAAUUAAAAUUAAAAAAAACACAAAAAGAAGAAAAGCCAUAUGUGUUUUAGAUGUUUUUAAAACUAGGAUAUUUGGCCUGAUGCAUCACAGUCUGUGCUACAGUUCUGAGUUAGUCAGUGUUGACGGCCCCCGAAGCUUUUUCCAUGUAUUUUGUACAACUACGAGAUUUUUAACGACAGAAGCUGAACCAGGUGCAGUUGGAUCAAACGCACGUUCCUUGUUUGUUCACCUCCAUGUUCGAUGUAUUCACACUGAUGUUGUCAUUAUGCUGACGAUGAAGGUCUUAAUCAACGCCUUAAUCUUGUUACGUCUCACUGUGUAGCUCUGCUCUUGUUGCAAUACACUGUAAACUACCUAAUGUAUCUGCUGUUCUUGUAAAUACUCGGCCAAUAUUAUUUUCGCUUUGCUUUUUACAUAUUUUGCUUUCAUACCUUUUUAUUGUGGAUGUUAUGUGUUGCUGUUAAUUUCCAAAGUUAUGUUUGUUUGGGUUUUUUUAGGGUGACUUGAAAAGUGGCUCCACCUCUGAAUGUUUAAUAGCUGCUAUCACUGACUAUGAGAAGAUAUUUUUGCUAGUAUACGAUGAAGAUUUCUAUUCACACAGACAAUUUAAAUACUUCAGAUUUAAAUGUCAGACAGCCUUUUCCAUGAGCAGUAACAAGCAGAAUAUGAUGAGCUCAGUUACAUUCGAUUACAGCAGGUGACAUAACGCUUUGCUUUGAAUCUACUGAGCCAGAAGCAGAUUGUGUAACAGCUUGUUAUAUAAAGACAAGCUUUCAUCACUUACAGAGAUUUCGAUUUCCCUCUCAUCAAUAAAACUGUUGGCCGUGACUGCAAGAACGUGCCAGUUCUAUCUUUUGUAUCAUUUACAACCAUAACAAUAAUUAGAAAAUGAUCAUGUAUGGAGUACGAGGGUUAUUGGCCAUGAGAACUGUAAUGUUUUCAAAGAUGUUACUGCCUCAGGCAUAGUAGUUACAAAAGCUUUACGUAAGAGCCGCCAUGUUUGUUGAAAAGGUUUAAUGUAUUUUGCUCCCUCUGGUCUUAUUUUGAUGUUUUCUGUCAAACACAAAGUUGUAUUGUGAGAGACAAUUAAAAAGUUCUUUCAAUAUAAA